AUGUCUUACUCCCAACCGUACCAGCCGCGUCCUCAGCGACCCGACAGGACUCCCAGCACAAACAAUGUGAUUCCUUACCCACCCGGCGCGCCCGCCGUGCAACAGCCUCGCUUUCCCUUCAGCUCUCCGGAAUCACCGCGCCCUGGUUCCUCGGUAUCGCAGCGCUCCUACUCCCGCCCGGGUCCCGCACCGCACCAAUACCCACCACGGUCCGGCACCGCAUCACCACAACAACCAUUCCGCCCCGGCACCGCCUCCUCCUCUCGCUCCCACACCUACGCCAGCCCGGCAUCACCCCACCCCCCUCGUCCGGACUACCAGCGCAGUGUAACCUCUCCUCGGUCUUCCGACUAUCGCUCCUCUGACUACCGCUCCUCCGACUACCGUACCUCCGACUACCGGCCCGUCCCCUCGUCCUCUCCCGCCCCGCGCAGCCCUCAACCUCCUUUCAGCCCGGGCUACGGCUACCAGGACGGAACGCGCUCGCCGCUCUCCCAAGCCACGACCCAAGUCGAGCUACACGACGUGUCUCUCGCCGCCCCAGGCCCCUCCGCACCAACCCAACAACAACCCGACCGACCCCCCACCAUCCCUCCGCCCCCCGCCGGCGUCCCCGCACCAACAACGCACUCUCGCUUCUCCGACGCCUCGCAAGCCAACGCCGCCGCCGCCCGCAACUUCAAGACCGAUAGCCGCGGCGGCCUCGGCCCAGCCCCCGACGCCAACAGCUGGCCACGGCUAGCGCAAUGGACAGUCCUGCCGCUCAUCGUCAUCAUCAGCGCCGCCGAGGCCAUCGUCAUGGGCCACAGCCUGAGCUUGUACGGCGGCCUGAAGGUCGACGGCACGAUCGACAACACAGUCUCCACGCAUCCCGUCUGGCCGUCCGACUUGUCGCUGCUGCCGACGUGGCUGCUGCUGGCGGUGGGCUUCACGAGCUUCUGCGCGUCGAUUGUCGUGUGGGGUUUGUCGCUGCGGGCGAGGCUGAUGAAGCCGGUGAAGCGCCUGGCCGGGUGGAGGGUUGGGCUCGGGAUUUUUUUCGUCGGCGCGUGGAUCGCGGCGUUGGCCGUGUAUAAGCUGUUUGAGGCCGGGGCGGGCGGGCAGAGUUUGAGUGGGUGGGCGUGCGAGCAUCAGGGGGAUGGGGUGACGGGGAAGGAGGAGAUUGCCGCGGUUUGUACGGAGCAGAAUGCCGGAUUCGCGCUGUCGAUUGUUUCGGCGAUCCUCGAGCUCGCGCUGAUCGGCUGCUUUGCCGUGCGGACUAUGAUGGCUAAGAAGGACAGCCCUCUGAGCGAGAAGCUAUAG